AUGAGUGAAUAUCGUAGCACAAUAUCCGCACGACCCGGAUACAACCGUAUUAGCUCAACAACCAGCUCAAGCACUUUUGGAGGGCUUCCAUCCGGUAACCGAGUAGUGAAAGUGGUCACAGAAAUGAGUUCCUCUUCAUUGACCAGUGGCAUGUCACCAUUUGGUCAGAAUGCUGCAUCGACCAUUCGUGAUGCCCGUGAACGAGAGAAGAAGGAAAUGAGUGAUUUAAAUGAUCGCUUAGCUGAUUACAUUGAAAAAGUACGUUUCUUGGAAGCACAGAAUCGUAAACUGAAUGCUGAUUUGGAUAUGUUACGUGGACGAUGGGGAAAAGAUACGUCGAGUAUUAAAAUAAUGUUCGAAGGGGAGCUUUCUGAGGCUCAAAAAGUAAUCAAUGAUACAGGAAAGCAGCGGGAUGAACUGGAAAAGCAAAUUAAGAAAAUGCAGGAAGAACUGGCGGAAUAUCGUAGAAAAUUCGAUGAAGCAACGAAGGCACGUCUGACUGAUCGUGACAAAAUUGAUGAACUUCUCGUUGCACUAUCAAAUAUCGAAGCUGAAAUCAAUCUUUUACGUCGACGAAUUGCUCUAUUGGAAGAAGAAAUUUCACGAAUAAAAAAAGAAAAUCAACGACUUGUGAGCGAAUUACAGCGAGCACGAACAGAUUUGGAUCAGGAGACAUUGAAUCGUAUCGAUUAUCAAAAUCAAGUGCAAACGCUUCAGGAAGAAAUUGAUUUCAUCCGCCGUGUGCAAGAUCAGGAAAUUCGUGAUUUACAGGCGAUGGCAGCACGUGACACCACCAGCGAGAAUCGUGAAUUCUUCAAAAAUGAGCUCUCAUCGGCUAUUCGUGAUAUUCGUAACGAAUAUGAUCAGAUGACAAGUGCCAACCGCAAUGACAUGGAAUCGUGGUACAAAUUGAAAGUGCAAGAAAUUCAAACGCAAUCUGCACGUCAAACUAUGGAGCAAGGUUAUCAGAGAGAAGAAGUUAAGCGACUCCGUGUACAACUGGGUGAUUUACGAGGAAAAUUGGCGGAUUUGGAGGGAAGAAACUCCCUGCUCGAGAAGCAAAUCCAGGAACUAAACUUCCAGCUUGAAGAUGAUCAGCGCUCAUACGAAGCAGCGCUUAAUGACCGUGAUGCGCAAAUCCGUAAGAUGCGUGAAGAAUGCCAAGCGUUGAUGGUUGAACUGCAAAUGUUAUUGGACACCAAACAGACUUUGGAUGCCGAGAUAGCGAUUUAUAGAAAGAUGUUGGAAGGCGAAGGUGAUGGGCCAGGACUGAAACAACUGGUUGAACAGGUCGUUCGCACUACAGGCAUCAACGAAGUCGCUGACACUGAAACAAUGCGUGUGGUAAAAGGUGAAACAUCAUCUCGUACAUCAUAUACCCGCUCAGCGAAGGGUAAUGUUUCCAUUCAGGAAACAUCACCGGAUGGUAAAUUCAUAGUCCUUGAGAAUACACAUCGUUCCAAAGAGGAACCGAUAGGUGAAUGGAAGCUAAAGAGAAAGAUUGAUGGAAAACGUGAAAUUGUUUAUACACUUCCAAGAGAUUUCAUAUUGAAACCAAGUAAAACUGUUAAAAUUUGGAGCCGUGGUCAAGGCGGAAUUCAUGCACCACCCGAACAGCUUAUCUUCGAGGGUGAAGAGACAUUUGGGGUGGGAAGUAAUGUGCAAACUAUCCUUUACAAUAAGGAAGGCGAGGAACGAGCCACUCAUAUUCAGCGUUCGAGCCAAACAAGGUCAACAAGUGACAUAACGAGGACUAAUCACAAAACUUGCCAAGUCAGAUGCAAACCACGUACAGCAUUGAACAACAGAGGUCAGAUGUCACCUUACUUAUGUAUUUUUGUGUUGCGAGUGGUGCAUCCAAUGGGAGUUGAAGAGGAAUACUCCCGCGAAAUCAUGGAUAUUAGCAAUCAGUGGGUGUACAAAAAAACGGGGCAUUGGUACCGGUAUCUUCCGCGCAGAAAUGAUAUCUCAAAAGAAUUCGAUUACGAAAAGCAUAUGGCUGGGCCAGAGCAUUUCCCUGAAAAGAUGGAAGGCAAACCACCAAAACUUUGGUUGGUGUGGAUAUAUAGAAAUUACUCGAGAAGUCCGAUAUAUAUCAAAAAAAAAAUUGAAAAAUUAUUUGGUGUAGAUGCCGAACCUGGUAAAAUGUUUAUUUUCAAAAAUGCCGCUUCACAGAAUAGAGAAUUAUGGCCGUUAAAACAUAUCAUUGAAGUACGUCCACUUUCUUUUCCGAAUGGUGAACCAACAAUUGACGACGUGAAUGCUUUGGAAGUCUUUCCAGAUGGAAGAUGCGUAGUUGACAAGAAUUUAGCUUGUGAACCAUCUCAGUUGAGUGUGAUAGACCCACAGAAACAGAUGACUAGCAGUUAUCUGUGUUCACGGCUGAGAAGUCGAUAUAACAAAUGUCAAGAUAUAUUUGAAACGAAUGUUUAUACGGCGAAGAAUGUCACAUUAAUCGAGUGA